CCAAGAAUUCCAUGAUUUUUUGUUAGGCCAUGCCUGGAGAUGAGGAACCCGAGCAUUGCGACCUGAUACCCAACAUGGUGGAAGAGACUGCGCUUCUGUGUCUGGCAAAGCUGCCUCCUCCAAUGGUGGCGGUGGGUCGGUGCGUGUGCCGCUCGUGGAGAAAAGCCCUCGCUAAUCCCACAUCUCUCCGCCGCUCUCUCAACAUUCCCCCCGACCACCGCCUCUUCCUCGCCCUCUUCCAGACAAACUGCGACCCGGGAUACCUGCAGGCAACUCACCACAACACCGAAUGGCUGCCCUUCCCCCACCCAUCUUUAUCUUCCUCUUCUUCAUCUUCUUCCCCCACCCUCUCUCUGUGCAACCCACUCUCUCAAAUCUCCUCCCGCAUAAACCUGCGAAGCGUUGUGGCAAACGGCAGCGUGUUGUUUCCAGAACUCCCCGCACUGGUCGACAACAAAAUUGUGGGGUUCCAGUCUUACAGCGUGGAAGACGGACGGUGGAGCGUUGUUCCGUCAUUCCCACCGGGCUAUAAAGAUAUCACACUCUACGCAUGCGCAGCGCUGGGCGAUUUCGUUUAUUUUAGCGGCGGGCGGAACGAGGUGAACGGACAGGCAACAGCAAGUGGUGUCCGGUACGACACGGUGAACCGGCGAUGGGAAAGCCUACCGGACAUGAUAUUUGCCGCGCAUCGAUUCCGCAGGCAUUGUUAUAAUGGACGGUAAAUUUGUUGUAAUCGGAGGCUCUUACAAAGAUGGGUGGUACACGCGCGUGCACACUUCGGGUGAGGCAUACGACCCGGAGUCCGGCAGAUGGACGCUUCUCCCUGAUCUGUGGGCCAACGGACUGAGCUAUGUUGAGGAGUCGAAUGCUGCGCAACCGGCAGUUGCAGUGAUAGGGGGUCGCACGCUCUACGCUAUGCAGUCACAUUCGAACGAGUUAAUGAGAUUCGAUCCUUCGACCAAUAGGUGGGUGGGCGUCGCAAAUGUUGGACGUGUGUGUGAAUCGAGGUACCGUUUGCGUUAUAAGUUGGUGGCGAUGGGAGAGGAAGUGUGGGUGAUAACGCACGCCAUGGGAAUGGACAUCCGCAUCUAUCGUUGCUCUCCAUCCAGAAAUUGUGUGGAUAUCAAGUUUACAGAAGUGAAAGUGACCGGAGUAGAAGAUUUUGACCACGUUUUGACGUGCGCAGUCUUGUCUCUGUGACGGGAAAAGAAUCAAAAACUUGUUUUCUUGUACUGUGUCUUGAGUUCUGUAAAAUAUGGUCCUUCCCUCCA